AUGGCCAAAUACAAUUUAUUGCGAGAUGACUUUACCAACGCUACAUUUGCUGUUGCGUUUGAUGUCUACACUCCAAGACCUCACUUUAUUAUUUUACCUAAAAGCGGUGAAAGUGUUGAUCCAGAAUUUAGUCGCAUAACAAACGAGCAGACACAACAGCUCAUCGAAACGGGGAAAUCAGUAUUAGCAUGCUUUAAAAUAGUUCGUGGCGUUUUGUCUAUACAUCGCGGAUCGUGGAGAACCACAAGAGAUAAAUUUCACGUUCACGUUUGUGUUGACGUUGAAAGUUACUUGCGAAUUUAUGAAAGCCGAAAGAAAGCCAUUCCCAACUGGCCAAGUCGUGAUUAUGUUACAAAGCAGUGGAGAUGGAAAAAAGACCCACGUUCGUACGCAGAAAAUGUACGAGGAUAUCCUUACCGUAGUUAUUUGGAAGACGAAGUGGCGGGCAUUAGAACCAUUAGAAGACGACCGUCUCGUAAAACAGACAUCAAAGAUAAUCAACUCGACGAAGAGGUUCCACUCGAAGGCUGCAUAACCAAGAUAGUCUACCAUUCAUGCCAUCCAAAGAUUGGCUUCGUUGGCACAAAACCCGAAACGAUUCAAGAGUUCCAGAAUGUGCUCUCGGCGAUGGAAAAAUUCGCCAAAGAACGCGAUUUGAUUAACAUGGAAUCCAAGGACGAGAACCAUGGCUGUCAUAUUUGCUUGUAUUUAGGUUCAGGUAUGUGUAUGUAAUACAAGUCAAUUUCCAUACGUAAACUAGCUUUAAUUAUCCUAGUUUCCAUCUUGAUCCAGAUCCUAACUCUAUAUAUACUGAUGUUGAUGUAUGUAUUGCAUCUAUAUAUUUUCGACUGAUUUUCUCUACUUUACAGUUACAACUGAUGAUUGGAAUUUCAGCGGGGAAGAUGGCGAGGAUGUUCGAGGACACAUUGUGACUACCGGGUUUCGCUUCUACCAACUAUGUCCUGUGGACCUUCGAGAGGAUUGGUUCCAUGCUUAUAAGCAAUCCGAUUUUAAAUGUCUGACUUAA